GAACCAUCUGUCCACAACAACCGCAUCCAACGACCCUAAAAAAGGCCCAGGACCGUCUCGCACAGCCAGACUACACGCCCAGAAGCUACCUCGCCCGAACACACCCCACCCCGCAGACCAGCAGCCAACAUGUCCGACGACGAGCGCAUGGGCGACUUUGGCGGCGACAACUACGACUAUGACGGCGACGAGCCGGACCACAUCGAGUACGACGCCGAGCUGCGCGAGGAGGACGAGGCGAACGGCGACGACAUCAUCCUGUCGGGCGACGUCCCAGACGACGUCAAGCAGCGCACCGGCAAGGCGGCCAAGGCGAACGAGGUGCGCGUCACCACGCCGUACAUGACCAAGUACGAGCGUGCGCGUGUGCUCGGAACGCGGGCUCUGCAGAUCAGCAUGAACGCCCCCGUCCUCGUCCCCGUCGAGGGCGAGACCGACCCCCUCGAGAUUGCGCUCAAGGAGCUCGCGGCCAAGAAGAUCCCCCUCGUCAUCAGGCGGUACCUCCCCGACAACUCGUUCGAGGACUGGAAGGUCGAGGAGCUCAUUGUCCAGGAGUAGAGUGGUCCGUCAGUGGCUGGCUGGCGUCUAGUGGGGCCGGGCCGGUGGUCAUUGGGCGGGCGUGGCGUCGUCGCAUGUGUCUGGUUUCCUAUGC